CGAAUAAAAAUAAUCACUGGAUAACAGUUCGUCGGUAAUACAGCUUUACUUGUGAUCGGUCGAGUAUUCAAUCACAAAAUGGCGUCAACUGCCUAACUCGGUUGCCUUACGUCGCUUUCUCUCUCUGAACCUGACAAGUCUGAGCGUGAAAUGACGCUGAGCAUCGCGAGGGACUAUUGUUACGCUGAAGCCGGUUUGGCUUGCCGGUAAGGACGCCCAUCCCGUGAUAAUUGUUAUACUAAGAAAACAAUUUUUUACGGCGUUUAAUCAUCAUUUUUGUGUACGUGAUCAGUGAAAGAAUCAGUGCUACAGUCAACGAAGAAAUGUGACUUUAUUAUCCGCAUUGUGGAUGAAACCGUCUGACUAACUUAUUGUGUGAUUGUCUGCUGAGGAGGCCUUAGAAGGAUCAUAUAUCUGACAGCGUCGAAUAUUACUGUAUUGUAAUAUUGUAAUACUGUGAAAUUCUCCAUCCUAACCUUUCCAGUCAAUCAGAAACAAACACUUGAUUCUUCACAAUCGUUGCCUCGGCCAUCCGCAUUUAUUCAAUUUUGGCCUCAGAAUCUCUCAGCUAUGUCGAGCAAGAAAACGGAAGGCUAUGCCUUAAUUUUUUGGGUUCGAGAGAAACGCAGUGACAUCGUAGAACUGUCAUACAUCCCACCGUCUGGACGAAAACCUAAUGCUUCAGUUCAAUUGCUCUGGGAAGACUACAUUACUGGGAAAAGCGUGAAGGAGAAGGCCACAGUUGUUGCUAUAAAUGAUGAAUGUUUCAAUAUCUCCAAAAUACAAGUGUGUAAUUUUUCCUCGAGACAAAGGAUGUCUUAAAAGCAUCGACGGUGUGCCAUUCAAGUGGAUUUUUUACGAUCCUAGCAUUGACAAGUUAUUCUCAUGUUACCCUGAGAUAGAUAUUAAUGAUCGUAAGAAAUACGAAGAAUUUCAACAAAUGGUAAAAAAUAAUGAAGGUCCCAACAAAUCUUGGCCUGUCCAUGAGGUCGAAAUCCGAGGAGUAGCAGAUACUUAUGAUGAACUUGAGGAGAAGUUAAGGAUCCUAGGCCAGAAAAGCUUUGCUUUCUCAUCAGACACCGAUGUUUCUCUCAAAGAGAGGGGACUUCUUGAAAGAGAAAAAUAUAAAUGCCGAACAGUGAAAAAUAAUGCUGCGGAAAUGUCCCAAUUGUUUGAGGAUGCACGACAGAGUCUCAAGAAGCAAAAAAGUUCAUCAAGAGUCCAAUGCAAGGAUGCUGCUAUACGUAAAACUCUAUCAAAGCAGCAAAACGGCAACGAUUUUAUGCAUAAAUCUGAUUCAGAAAAAUCUGUUUCAUCUGCUGAUGGGAGCACAACGUUGUUUUCGGUCUCCCCAACAACACUUCAAUUAAAUAAAACGUCAAAACGUCGAUCAACAAUCUUAAAUACUUCUUCAGAGACAUCUCCCCAGCUUCCACAAAAAAAAAAAAAAAAGGUGAAAGGUGCCAGGAGGGAGUGGAUGACGAUGUUUCGAAAACAGCCCCGUGUAAACCUCUUUAGGUGCGAUCGCCCUCUCGGAGAUGUGGUGGUGCCUGUGGGUUUAGUAGAGUACGUGGGGAGAGUCAUGGGGGAUAAUCCCGACUACCGUGGAUUAAUGAGACUCCUGAAUGAGCGGUUCUUCGACGGGAAACUCCGAGGAUACACCGUGUGGAGGACUAAGGGCUGCAAAGAUGCCUUUGGUUUCACCGAUUUUCUGCGGAAGAAAAUAAUGCUACAGGAGUGCCUCUUCUCCGCAGAACUCAGCCGGACUGUCCUGGUGAGGGUGUUGGUCCACGAGAUGUGCCACGCAUUCGUGGACGUUUUAUUGGGGAACCGUUGGGAGAAUCAGUGCCAUGGGGCGAACUGGAAAAAGGAGGUUCUCCGGCUGAAUACGGCGUUGGGCUGUAACAUCGAGGACGAUGGGGACAUCGACUGGGUAAAGUUGCGGAAGAUGGGGCUAGAUAAGCUGUACAUCUGCGAUCGUUGUGGCAAGCAGUCCAUCCGCAUGAUUAAGCGUCCUCCUGAUGCUAAGUUCUUCUCUUGGGUCCCUCGGCAUGCGGAGCGAUGUGGGGGUAGUUUCGUCUUGGCACUAAUUGUUGGUGCCGGUACAUGCCGCCUUUGGUUAGCUGUACUGAUGUCUUCAUGGACAGUUGGCAUGCCAUACGAAAGCUGAAGUGAUGAGGAGUGAGUGGGUGUUGGAGGUGGAAUUGAAGGAUGAAGGGUUGUCCAAACGGGGUUUCAAUCUCGAAAUCUAAGCACCUUUCCUUGUUCAGCUGUUCACACGUUGAGUACUUUUUCAUUCUCAAAUUGUUUUGAUAGUCUAAUUGUUGCCGCCUGUACAUGCCUCUCUGAGUUAGCUGUACCGAUUUCUUCCUGGACAGUUGGCAUGUAUCGCCUAUUUUCACUUUUUCCUGUAGACUAUACGAGAGCUGGAGUGAUGAUGAGUGAGUGGAUGUUGGGGGUGGGAUUGAAGGAUAAAGGGUUGUCCAAACGGGGUUUCAAUCUCGAAAUCUAAGCACCUUUCCUUGUUCAGCUGUCCACACGUAAAGUACUUUUUCAUUCUCAAAUUGUUUUGAUAGCCUAAUUGUUGCCGCCGGUACAUGCCCCUCUUAGUUAGCUGUACCGAUGUCUUCCUGGACAGUUGGCAUGUAUCGACUAUUUUCAAUUUUUUCUGUAGACCAUACGAGAGCGGGAGUGAUGUUGAGUGAGUGGAUGUUGGGGGUGGGAUUGAAGGAUGAAGGGUUGUCCAAACGGGAUUUCAAUCUCGAAAUCUAAGCACCUUUCCUUGUUCAUCUGUUCACACGUGGAGUAUUUUUUCAUUUUUAAAUUCUUUUCAUAGGCUAAUCGUUGGUGCCGGUACAUGCCGCCCUUGGUUAGCUGUACUGACGUCUUCAUGGACAGUUGGCACGUAUGAGCUAUUUUUAAUAGUUUACCAAAAAUAUUUCAAGGUUUUUCACCCAAAUGAAUGAU